CCGUACCGUGUCAGGUUUCUCCGUAUCAGAGUGACUCAGAACUAGGACAAAGCUGUUUGUAUGUACACGAAAGAUAACGUGUGCUACCAUUCAGUCCACCAACACCCCUGACCGAAGCACAGCGCGUUCAUGGAGGAUCGGAACAUGCUCCUAAAAUCCCUGCUUCUUGUUAUAACUGGCCUCGUUUUACACCAAGACCCUGUGAAUUCUGUGACCGUCACAAUACGAGAAAAUGUGGUGGUUGGUAAAGCUGGCGCCAGCGUCACGCUCCCCUGCUCGUACAGCACAUCCGUUGGUACCAACUUUAACGUUCAAUGGAAGUUCGCUCCCGGAAACACUCUGCCCUCAAACGGAAAUCAGAUAUAUUAUUAUUCAAACGGAGGCUCCUAUAAACCUGGAUCCCAAGCUGAUAGACUGACCAUUGUCCAUAAUCCUCCAACCAGCGGGGACGCCUCAAUCCAGCUAAGCAAUAUCAGGGCGUCCGAUAACGGAUCUUACGCGUGCGAAGUGAAUAACCCGCCUGACUUCUCCGGUACCGGAUCAGGGAUUGUCCAGCUUACAGUUCUGACUCCGCCGGGCUCCCCAAGUUGUCAGAUGUCCGGGAGCCCCAUUGCUGGCAGCGAUGUCACCCUACAAUGCAGCUCCUCUGGGGGAAAUCCUCCCCCAAUAUAUUCCUGGAUAUUUGUGGGAUCUAAGACGCCUUUACUCCCUGGAAUGAUGGAAAACCAAAGAACGGGGGCUCUCCUGCUCACCAACCUGUCACAGUCAAUCUCGGGCAGCUAUAGGUGCACAGCAACUAACGAGCUCGGGCAAGCUACGUGCGACCUCAGCAUAUCAGUAACAAGCUCCUCGAACUCCGGGGCUAUAGCAGGUGCCGUCAUAGGAGUCCUCUUGGCGCUGCUCCUCAUAGCGGCCAUUGUCAUUUAUUUUCUCCGCUACAGAAAGAAACAAAGGAAAGUUCCAAGGCCAGAAUACCGAGGGAGUGAAAUAAGGGAGGAUGCAACAUCCCCAGUGUUACAUGAAGAUCGUCGAGGACCCCAAACAGACUCCAUUUUACAUGACACGCGGGACAGAGAUGAGAACAUCGUUAUAUAGCAAACCCCAAAAAUGCACUAAUUGUUCAUCAUCAAGUCUUUAUGCUUUUGUUUUUUUAACUAUUCUUGUACAUUUUCACUGAAAUUGUGUUGCUUCAUUACUGUGUUUUUGCACAAAAUAAACAAUUUGACAAGGAAA